CAACGCAACGCAAAGCAAAGAGUGCCCUCCAAAUCCAAAGGCCACUUGAGAAAGAGAGGUCGAAGAGUCACAGCGCAGCCAUUCUUGCGUUCCUUGCUCCUUGUGCUAGCUAGCUCACAGCCCCAUCACUGUCAGAGUGUCAGUGGCUAGCUUGGCUUGGCUCGCGAGUAAGAACAAGGUCGCCGUCGCUCGCCAUCGACCCAACCCCGAUCCACACCACACGGUUGCACCGUCGCGCUCAUUGAGCUAAGCUAAGCUAAGCUCGCACAAGGCGCCGCGCGCUAACCCCUCUCGAUCUGUCCUCCACAGUUGUAGCUAGAAAGCAGCAAGGCAGGCCAGCGAGCCAUGAGCGUGAAGCCACCGUCCUCGUCGACGGCGCCGGCCUUCUACGCGACGCUGGCGCGGGGGCUGGACGAUCUGGACCGGUCGUUGGUCUCGUCGUCGCCGUCCUCCGCGGCGUUCCUGUCGCUGCCGUCGCUCCGGGCCGCGCUGGCGCUGCUCCGCGCGGCGCACGUGGGCCUGGCGCGCCUCGUGGCGUCGCUCCACCUCCCCGGCGGCGCCGCUUGGCUGGACGAGUACAUGGACGAGGCGUCGCGGCUCUGCGACUCGUGUCGCGCGCUCCGCCUCGGCGCCGCCGCCAUCGAGAGCUACGCCGCCAGCGCCGCCCAGCUCGCCUCGCUCCUCCUGCAGGCGUCCUCCAGCCCCCACCUCUCCCGCCAGGUGGCGAGGGCGAUCAGCGUGUGCAGGAGGGAGGCCAUGGCGCUCAAGGAGGAGAACCGGGCGCUGGUCGAGGCGCGCGCGGAUGCACUCGCGCUCCGUCUCAGCGAGGGCGUGCCAGCCGACGCCAAGCUCAGCGGCUUCAACGGCUUCCGCGGCGUGCUCUGCGCCACCAGGAUGCUCACCUCCUUCCUCCUCACGCUCCUCUCCUGGGGCGUGCUCCACUACUGGCCCGACGUCGGGGGCCCCGCCGCCGGCGACUGCGGUGCCUACUUCGGCGCGGCGUUCGCAUCAGCGCUGUCCCGCGCGCAGCAACGGGCGGCGGCCGAGGCCACCAGGACGGCGGCGGCGGCGGGCGGCGCCGGGGUGAUGAUGCACGAGUUCCGGCGCGUGAGGGCGGCCGUGGAGGAAGCGAAGGAGGCCGUGGACAGGGGCGGCGACGUCGCGGCCGCGGCGGCGGAGGUGGGCCUGCGCGCCGGUGUCCUCCGCUCCGCGAGCGAGGACAUCCUGGCGCUGAUCGACGACCUGUUCGACGAGGUUGUGGAGGCGAGGAAGAAGCUGCUCGACCUCUGCAGCGGCGGCGGUAACUGAGCAACCAGUACAAGAGCAAACUCCAUGGCAUGAGGUGCCAUGCAACGGCUGUGACAAGGGUCAGGACAAGAGGCUCGGGUUCUCGACUUCUUGUGUUCUUCCCCCAGUGUAUCUUCUUGCUUCUCUGUUGGGCUCUUGAGCUGGAUCCUAACAGUCGUCGAUCAUAAAUGUACUAAGCGGAAAUGGAUGAAAAAAAAGGGUUAAAAAACAGUGUCCAAGUCUUCUACAGACGGCAUCAUCUUAGGAACUGCACUACCGCUACCACGUGAGACAAACUACCGGUCUGUAUGUCAGUAGACGUACAAUAGUCAACAGUCGUGCGUUAUUUCAAAGGAUCUCGUCCGUCUCCAAGAUG